AUCAAUCAUUAGUAAACCCGUGCAAAGCUCAGAAUGAGCCUUGUGAGACUUAUGUAAGCUUGUUACAGCGAUCUUUAAAGUGGGUAUCAGCGGAACAAUGUUCGCCGAGCCUCCAAUGACUUUCAUCUGUACUAUGAUGAAACCAUCAUUGGAAACCUCAAAGUCUACCAAUAUUCACCACACAGAUAGAUAUCUUUUCUGGACAGGAAGGUCGACUUUUCUCUCCUCUAUACUAGAUUCGAUCUUGUUCUUGGAAAACUUUCCUACCAACCUUCACACCAGCUGCUAGCACACUAACUUCCUUUUGAUCAUGGCUCAAGCACAACCCAAAACUCCUUUGGAGAUUCUGCAAAUCCAGAUUAAUGCGAUUCUUAUAGAGACUGGCAAAGCUCUUCGCGCCACAGGUGUAGAGGGAGAAAAAUCUAUGGCCAUUUCCGCCAUAAGACUACAUUCGACUAUUCCAUCUAUAACCGACAAUUUCCACCGAGCUUUGGACGAUCUUGAAGCUGAGAUUAUUAGAGCAAAAUCUGUUUUGGGUCGAGAUUUAGAGGAAUUGCGAUCGAAACGAAUUGCGGCAGAGAACCCGCCUGCUCAAAACAUAGAUACCCCCGUCGCACAUGAACCUACACCACCUCCGCAUAUCCCAUACGAAGAUAUACCCUCAGCAGUAAAGCAAGAGACGACCCAAGACAGCAAUCCCAUACCAACAAUUGCGAAGGAAGAGGAAACUCCAAUCAAAAAUGAAAUGGUGAAAGAAAUUAGAGAUGAGGAAGAGACAAAAGAGACCACGAUUUUAUCUCCACCCAGUACAAACGACAACAAGUCCCAACCAAUUGGCCUUGGAAUAAACACUACACUUCCUGCUUCUACAGACGCCCCUGAAACGGCCACAGGAGGCGGACAAGACUCUUCGAUCGAUUCCCUUUUCGAUAAUCCAGACAGCGCUGCCAAUGUAGAUUCUGCGGCUCUCAACUUUGACAGCAUGGAUUUUUCAAUGCUUGAUACAGCCACCAAUACUCAAAGUCAAGAUAAUAACCACACACAAAAUACCGAAUUUGACCUCUCCACAUUCGGGAGCAACCCUCAAGAUUUCAACAUGAACGAUUUACAACCUUCUAACGAGGCUUCUUCCUCUUCUAAUAAUAAUAAUAAUAAUAAUAAUAAUCAUAAUAACGAAAACAUCACUACGGGAACUGCUAAAGGAGAUAUGAUGGAUGAUAUCCUGAAUAUGACUGCUGGCAGUGAUACGAAUGACAACAAUAAUAACAAUAAUAACAGCAUGGACAUGGACUCAAAUCUCGAUAAUAUGGUCGGGGCCGACGAAAGUGUGUUUGAUGAUUUGUUUUUUGGGAAUGAUGACGAUGGAAAUGUUGGAGGUGAAAUAGGCGAAAUGGAGCAUGGUCAAUUUGAUAGUGCAUUCUUUGGUAUUGACUAAAAGUUUGUUGGGUAUACCAUUGGAAAGACAUCAUUUUCAAAACUUCAAGAGAAGGUUGUAGUUAUAGAGAUAUAAUGUUUUUGGCAUAAGGAAGAAUGUAAUGUCUACACCGAAGAUUUUGAU